UCUUUUUCCAAUGAUCUUUCUAUGUAGUAUCUACUCUCUUCGGGUGACUGCACCUUGUUAUUAUUGUUACGUUUCCUUGCAUUUAUAUGAUCCGCACUACGUUGUUAUAUUAUUGUUAAUCUUCCUUGCAUAUAUAUGAUCCACACUACUUUGUUAAAUUAUUGUUACGAUUCCUUGCAUAUAUAUGAUCCGCACUACUUUGUUAUUAACUGUAAUGUUUGCUUGAGCCGAGGGUAUUUUGGAAACAAAUUGUUUAUCACGGAGAGCUAAUGGUAAGGUCUGCGAACACUCUCCACUCUUUAGACCCAACUUUAUGGAAUUUCACUGGGUUUGUCGUUGUUAUUGUUGUAUCUAUGUAGUAUCUGCUUGAAUUGCUAAUAGAUGUCAAUGAGUCUUCUGCAAAAAGCAAAAAUAAAAUGCUGAUUAAAAAAUUCACAAAUUUUUAAAGGGUUUUGUUAUUCUGUGUGUAGCAAUAAGGACAUGAUUAUUGUGAGAGACGGAUUCGGGAUUUAAUCUCUACAGAUUCAACUUUUAAGAUUUUUAGCAUUGGACCCGUUGUACUUCUAAAAUUAUGGGCAAUUCUGGUGAAUUUUUAUACCUAAAUUUAUGUUUCGUGUGGAAAGUAUUGGGUUCAGAUGCAACCCGCAGUUAAAUAGCUGCAUUUGCUACUGAUGCUGGUGAAGAUUAUAUAAGUAGUUUUAUCUAUACUUUUUCUCUAUUUUUGUGUAUUGAUUUUUUAUUUGUGAUGUGUUGUGCUUUCCUUUGUAGAUGGGAAUAUUCGCAGGGCUCUUUCGGCGUAUUCUUUGAUUUGAUAAUCAUCUUGCAAUUUUUUCGGCAUUUUUGCAUGAAAACCUAUGAUUUCCUAGUUUAUGUACCUAAGACUUUAACCUGACCUGAAGGUUAGAAUGUAUUGUCAAUGUCUUUCAGAUAUGAAUCCAUCUGAUUUAUGUUUAGACGGGAAGAACCUGCAUCAGUAUUUCAAUUUCAAUUGGAACAUGGGUUUGAUUCACACUCCAUGUCCGGAGAAAGAUUUAUCGUCCGGAAAGAGGAAAAAAUGGAGUCUUUGUCUAAAGAAAUGUGUUGAAAAAGGACAGAUGUAUCUUUGUUACCUUUGUCAAAAAAAAAAAAAGAGAGAGAGAGCAGAUGUAUCCGGAUUUUCGAUGUUGAAUAGAUGAGAAGUCAGUCUUCUACGGAUGUCUGGAAACUAUGACAUGUUGGUCUGCGGUAAUGGUGGUUCUACAUGGUAGACUUCUCUGUGUAAAUAGUUUCUCAGCGGCCUGUGCAGCCGGGGUGCCCACUGUUCCUUUCCUCAUUCUUUACAAGCAAAGACGUCCACUUGCAAAUUUUUCUUCUCUUUACAGGUAUUAUCAGGUGACACUCAAUGUAGGCCAACCCCCCAAACCUUACUUUCUUGACAUAGACACAGGGAGUGAUCUCACUUGGCUCCAAUGUGAUGCACCUUGCGUCAAAUGUGUUCCGGCUCCUCACAGUCCUUACAAACCGAAUAAAAAUGUUGUCAAGCAUAAGGAUCCCAUAUGUGCAUCCCUUCACUCGCCUGCAAACCCUCCCCGUCACACUCCUGAUGAUCAAUGUGACUAUGAGGUUGAGUAUGCGGAUCAAUGUUCAUCCUUGGGAGUGCUGGUCAGAGACGCAUUUCCAGUAAAAUUCUCCAAUGGUAGCUCCAUUGCUCCUCCUCUGGUGUUUGGUUGUGGGUACGAUCAAGAAGUGCCAGCCUCUGCGCAUGCACCUUAUACGGAUGGAAUUCUUGGUCUAGGAAAUGGAAAAUCAAGCUUAGUAUCACAGAUGAGUAGCUUGGGUUUUAUCCGGAAUGUAGUAGGUCACUGUUUAAGCGGGCAAGGUGGAGGUUUUCUUUUCUUUGGAGAUGAUGUUCUCCCGUCUUCUGGGAUUGUUUGGACACCUAUCGUGCGUGCAUCUUCAGAGCAACACUAUUCUUUAGGACCAGCAGAUCUCCUAUUCGGUGGGCAGGCAACUGGAAUAAAGGGUCUACCGAUAAUUUUAGACAGUGGAAGUACCUUUACCUACUUUAAUUCCGAAGCUUACAAAACUCUGUUGUCUUCGAUUAAGAAAAACAUAGACGCAAAACAGCUGACUGAUGCAGUGAACGACAAAAGCUUGCCAGUCUGCUGGAAAGGCUCCAAACCUUUCAAAUCCAUUAAAGAUGCCACACGCUACUUCAAGCCAUUGACACUUAGUUUCACACAAGCUAAGAAUAUUCAGCUUCAACUGACACCUGAGGCUUAUCUUAUUCAUACUGAUCAAGGCAAUGUAUGCUUAGGCAUAUUGAAUGGUUCGGAGGUUGGAUUAGGAAAUAUUAAUAUCAUCGGAGAUAUUUCUAUGUUAGACAAAAUGGUGAUUUACGACAACGAGAAACAACAGAUUGGAUGGGUUCCAGCAAACUGCAACAAGCUUCCAUCGUUGUCCUGAAUAUAUCAAUGAUUACAGUGAAGAUUUUGGUGACAUAUCAUAGGAACAAGCAGGCAGAAAGUAUGUCAGUAUUACAAUGUUUGGUAUAUUACAGAGGAACAUAUCUUAGUUGAUUGGUAAUACAGAAAAUUCACUGUAAUCACCCAUAGAAUAUAUAUAUAUAUAUAUAAUAGCAGCCAGUUCAUCUAUAUUCGAUUUAUCCCCAAAUCUGUCUUCUAGAUUACAACGUAAAUAGAGAAGUUGAGUCUGAACUAGCGAACUGAAGUCACUUUCGUAACUCUAUAAUUCAUUCGAGAAGUGGAUGUGGCCAAUAUAAAAUAAACUUAUCAACU